CAUGAAAUUAGAGGCAUAAUAAUUUUAUCUUUCAUUUUGAUUCCAUUUGCUUUUUUGUGCAAGGCUAAUGGAGGAUAAAUUCAAUAUUCAGUUUUCUCUGUUGAGAGUUUAUGGAAACAGACUAGUCCAGUUGUGGAACUCUGAUUUUAUUUCAUCCAUUGAUAAAGUCAAUAUUUUUUUCUUGUUCAAACUGAAUGUAACCACUUGAUUGUAAGAUGAUACUUGCAUUUAGUAAGUUCUUAUUGGGUACCCAAUAUGUAAAAGACACUCCUCCUUGGAUCCUUUUAGGUAGGAUUCCAAUACGAUUUUGUUUCUCAAUAUGCUUAAAAGUUGAUUAUUCAUGAAAUUAAGCAGAAUCAUAUGUACUUUAAAUGAGAAAUCUGUUUAGGUCUCACAAACUAUUUGGGAGGAGCCAUCCUCAAAAUUUGCUCUUAAUUUUAAUUUUAAAGUACGGACUGACUUUUAUUUUAUGCAUGAUGUUUAGCAUGAGUUUUGUCCUUGAUUAUUUUUCUGAUUUUUUAGAAUUAACUUAAGGAGCUUAAGUUCUAAGUGUAUUUUCUGAGCACUGGAUUUCUUUUGUAAAUUUGUAGCCCUUCUUUCCAAUAUGUGGUGUGAUGGAGAAAGGGAACGCUCUCUCUGAAUCUCUGGUUGCAAAUAUCCAGUCUCAUAAUUCUGAUGAUAAUUGAUGUUUCCAUCCUUUUGGUCUUCUGUAACCAGCAACCAUAAUGAACAUUGAUAACAGGAUUUAUGCUGUUGUCAUCUUUCCUCCCGAAAAAGGGUCGACGGAGGAAACUGUCAAUGUGGUCCCACAGUCAUGGCUACAAAAAGAUUGCUGCCUAUGGCCAAAGGUCCGAAACCCAAACAGGCUUAUUGAGGAUUGCCUCCACCCUUCUAAAUCCACUUGUGACUGGCAAAAAUGCGAUGUGAAAGAAAUCUGCCGAGAAAACAUAGAAGGCUACAAAAAAGCUCGAACAGUCGAAUAUAAUGUUAUGGAGGGGAAAGAGGGAAAUCUUAGCGAGUUGAGCGAUUUGCCUCAAAAACGUCCCACUCAUCGAACAGUCGUAUUUUCUCCUUCUGCAUCACCUGCUUCCAAACAGGCAAGACUUGAAAAUGCCAACGAUGCAGAUAAUGAAUCUGAUGACUCUCCCGUUACAAGAUCGAGAAGAGCCUGCAGUUCCGUAAUCAUGAGCCCUUCAUUAUCCAACGAUGGUUCACCGAAUCAAAGCUUACAAUUACCCACUCCACCCACCAAACAGCCGUCACCUGUUAAGAGGCCAAAACCUGUACGGAAAAACCUGUUCUCAGGUAAAACAUCCAAAAUCUCUAAUGGAAGCACGGUUAAAAAUACUUCCAGAAGCACUGUUAAUGAACUUGUUCGCACUAACAGAGAAGACAAUGAUGAACAUACCCACAGUAACAGAGAAGACAAUGAUGACCGCACCCACAGUAACAAAGAAGACAAUGAUGACCGUACCCUUAACAACAGUACUGCAAGCCUUAACAACAGUACUGCAAGCCUUAACAACAAUACUGCAAGCCUUAACAACAGUACUGCAAGCCUUAACAACAGUACUGCAAGCCAUAAGAACAAUACUGAACCACUGGUCCAUCCGAGUUCUUCCAAUGAAGCUUUAGCGCUUGAUUUUCGCAGCAUUCUCUCACCCGCAUCUAACAAUAAGUCGUCUGGGAAAUUCCUUGCUCAGUGGGAAAAAAUGAGUCCCUCUCAAAAAGAAGCAUUUAUCGCUGAAUCAUUGUUUGUGCUCCGCAAGACUCUUCCACUGCUUGUCCAAAAAGGAGCGGGAUCAAAUCCUGAUAGCGCUGCGGUGAAUUCCGAUGCAUUCAAAAAAGACGCUAUGUUAAACUGCUUCCCCAUCAACGAUCAAGCAAAACUAAACGAGGCGGAAGCAAAAUUAAAAAAGAAGGGAUUUAAAGAAAAACUGACUAAUUUACUAUUGUCCAAAAAAUGCGAAGACCUAAAAGAAACGGGCAGGAGGAUGUGCGCCCUAAUUUUUACUGAUGAGUUUGGCAAAAAUUAUUCUUUGCAUGGUCGAAAACAAAAGAAGAAAUUCUUGGAUUUGCCGCUUGUAACUUUGAUCAAAACUGCUCUUGGGAUUGCCUACAGCUCCAAAAAACCGCCACUUACGGAGGAAGAACAGCAUUCUGCAAUAGAUGCCUGGGUGAAAUACUGUGGCGCUAGAAUUUCACAGAAAGAAAAAGCUGUUAGACGUGGUGGCAACCAGCCUGGAGUAUUGCCAUCAUCCGAGGAUGAAGAAGAGGAGGAGCUUCAGGACCAUCAGUCAUAGCUCAUUUACUCAUUAUAGCUUUCUGUGGGCAAAAAAGUUGAAUUUUAAGAUGCAACUCAAAAUCAAGGACAUAAUUCACCGUAGUUCAUGUCACACCUGCUCAUUAACAGAAUGGCCAGUACAAAAUUGCAAGUUACAAAAUACUACUUUUUGCAUUAUCCAAUUUUUAUAUUAUUUUAUACAUUUCUUAUACAUAUCCAAUUAUUAUUUCUGACUUGCAAAUUAACUAUGCAAGGUAAAUGUGUUACUCUCUUUGAUAUUUUUCAUUUAUCUCAUUUUUGUGCCAGAAAUCGUCUUUGAUGACUUCUGAAGGUAUGAGAGUAUGUGUUACUCUCUAUGAUAUUUUUCAUUUAUCUCAUUUUUGUGCCAGAAAUCGUCUCUGAUGACUUCUGAAGGUAUGAGAGUUCAUUGUCCCCAUUUUUUCAUGUUUAUACUUAUAGUUUUUCUAUGUUAACCAGCUUUUGGUUAAUAAAUUUGUUUACAUUAAACUUUUUUAUUUUUCUAAAAUACUCGAACUUUUGCAAUAAAUUGCCAAUUUUUUUCUAUAAA